AUGGUGAAACUCGAUGUGUCGCUGCUGCGAUUUCUGGAGGAGGAGGAUUUUCGCGUCCUCACGGCCCUCGAGAUGACGAUGCGAAACCACGACGUUGCCCCCACGGCCCUCAUUGAACGCAUCGCACAGCUCCCCCACGGUGGCUGUCGCAAGCGCCUGAAGUGCCUCCUGAAGCACAAAAUGAUUCACCACGAGAACACCAUGUACGACGGCUACGCCAUGAAGUACGGUGCGUACGACUACUUGGCGCUGCGCACCCUGUGCAAACGCGGCACCGUCGCUGCCGUUGGGCACCGCGUUGGCUGCGGCAAAGAGUCCGACAUUAUUCUCGUGAAGGACGAGGCCGGCAACGAGUGUGUGCUGAAGUUGCAGCGGCUCGGGCGGUGCAGUUUUCGCAGUGUCACACGCAACCGGGACUACAAAGGCGGUGGCCGUACCCGCCACGGUGAGAGCUGGUUUUACCUCUCCCGCCUCGCCGCGGAGAAGGAGUACUCCUUCAUGAAGACCCUCUACGACGAGGGUUUCCCCGUCCCGAAACCAAUCGAUCAGAACCGCCACGCACUCUUGAUGGAGCUGGUGGACGGCACGCUGCUAAACAACAUCACUGCGCUAGGCGACCCGGAGAAGGUCUACAGGCGUGCGCUGGAGCUCAUGAUUAAACUCGGCGAGCACGGCCUCGUACAUGGUGACUUCAACGAGUUUAAUCUCAUGAUUACGGAGGACAUGCGCGUCAUCGUGAUUGACUUUCCGCAAAUGGUCUCAACGAAUCACCCCAACGCAGCAGAAUUAUUUAGUCGAGACGUGGAGAAUCUUGCGAAUUUCUUCCAUCGCCGCUUUAAACUGACGACACUCUUUUACCCAACACUUGAAAAGGACGUGGAGCGCAAGGCAGAACUGGAUCGCGUGGUCUUCGCCAGCGGGUGCUUCAGCAGCAGGCAACAACAGGAUCUCGAGCGACUUUUGCAAACUCAGCUGACAACGUGCGAUGAGGCUGACGCUGAAGACUCUGAGGAGGAUGCGGCGGACCCACCGGUUCCCGCAGGGACGACGCCAGUGGUAGCCCUCUCUGCAGCUGGUGCACAGACGUGCGAGGUAGAUGAAGCUGAUGGCGUUGAGGGAGAAAGUGGAGGGCGGCGGCAGCAGCAGCAGCAGCAGCAGCAGGGGGAAGUAGAAGAGGGUGAGGCUAGUGGCUGUGAUGACAACGAUGAUGUGGGGAGUAGUGUGGCGCGGUCCCUUGACGAGGCGGUUGACGAGGCGGCCGUUGAGAGGCGUGGUCAGCGGCAGCUGCAGCAGAACGUGAACUUUAAUCCGGACGGCACCGUCAACGAGAACUACGUGCGGUCGCAGGUGCGGCGUAACCUUCGGCAGAAGGACAACCACCAGUUCAAUCUGGGUCUGCAUCGCAACGUGCAGAAGGGGCGACAGAAGCAGAAGAUACGGCGCCAGGUCAAGCAGGGCAUGAGCAACGGAUUCUUUGACUAA